GUCCCAUCCAAAGCCUCGUUGCAGUCGCGUUUUUUGCUGCAUCGUUUCCUCAUUGGAAUAUCGAAUGGCCUGGGCGGCCCGCAGGCUCAAGCUCUGUCUCUGCACCUUUGUCUUCGACACGUCAUCGCCGGACUUCGAAUCCAAUGCCUUCCGAUUUCCCAUGUGCCCUCACCCACCAUCUUCUGGCCGAUGACGAUCCAUCAACCGGCGCAGAACAAGAUUAUUGUAUACCGGUGGGCGCCGGGACGUGAGCAGGCGGAGCGCAUGGAGCACUUGUCAGGCCAUUUUGAGCCAAUCUCGCAAAUAUGCGCCGCCGAAGGCAGACGGACAGAUGCACGUGCACAUUUGAUACAAUUUGGCGGACCACGGCGCGAUGGGGAGUGUGCUUAAAAGCCACGGUCUAGAGGUCAGAUCUCUCACCGCCCUCUGCCUGCAAUGCCUUCCUUCUCUCGUCUCCUGGCCUUCGCCGCGCUCUGCGCCUCCGCCUCCGCCAUCAUCCCUCCCGCACACCAGGGUGCAUUCAACCAGCCUCCCGACGCGCUGCCCCCUGCCCCCAGCACGGACGCGUCCUCCAUCGCUGACACCACCGGCCAGGUGAACCAGAAGGCGGGAGCGACGACCGACGCGGCACCCAACGCGGAGGUCCCUCCUACCACGGUCACUGCCAUCGACGGCACGCUCACGAACGCGACCAUCAGCGAGGCUAACGCUUCGAACAGCACACGCCGAAGCAUCAUCAACGACCGCCGGGUCGCCAAUGUCGGUCGAUUCGGGAAGCGCGAAGACGGCUUCCAGGAGCUCUUUUCGGGCCUCCCGGCCGGCCAGCACGACGCUUCGAUCGAGGGCACCGCGUAUUUGACCUACACAGUCGUGCCGAACUCCACUUACAACGUCGACGCAUGUUUGGACUGGGCGAAAACCAUCAAAGAUUGCGUCUUCGUCAACCUCUACUAUGAGUUCAACAACUACCUGUUGGACAAGGUCUUCGGCGAAAAGUCAAACCUCAAAUGUGUCGCGUAUGGUGACAUCCACACCGCGGCUGAGAAGGUCAACUUCGGCGGACAAACGUCGUACCCUCAGGUCGGAAAUGAGACUGUGCCCCUCACCUUCAUCACGCAGAGCAGCGGAUGGGGACUGGACGCGUUGGUGGAGCCGGAAGAUCCCGAAGGCUACCAGCUGGUGUUCGGGCCCACGAACGGCGCCAACAAUGCUCCCGGGUACAUGGGCUUUGCGUUCCUUGACAAGUAUGACGUGGAUGCCUGCGCGCUGCUUUGCAACGGCCGCGGUGCUGACCCGGUCGGUGGAGGAUGCGCCUACUUCAACAUCUGGCGUGCGCUGGUCAAUGGUGUGCCCACGACCUACACCUGCUCGAUGUACUAUCUCGUCACCGAUGAGUCCACCGCCGUCAACUACGGCCAGGGCGACCUGCAAGUGACCUACUCCCGCGGAUACAAGCGUAUUUCUGUCCUGCCCGACGGUGGGUUCGAGGACUACGCGGCCUGCAGCGACUUCUGCUUCACCACGAGUGAUGCCACCUGGGUCGGCAGCGGUGCUGGCCUGGACGAUGCGACGAUCUUCUUCUUCACCUCCUACGCUUACACCGGCCACAGCGUCGCGCUGCUCGGCGGUGCGUUCGGUGACAAUAGCGACGUCGGCACGCUCUCUCCCGCGAAUGCGCUCGUCACCAAAUCCGGAGUGUCGUAUGUGAUCCAGUGCUUCGUCAACACCGCCUUCGCGGGCUCGAGCCUGGAAGCCAAGGCCACCGUGGCCAUCACCUGGAACGGCCAGACAGUCGGCACGUUCACUGGAUACACCGGAAGCACCUGGAAGUUCUUCGAGGCCACCGCAGUCGGCACUGGCAGUGACAAGCUUGCCUUUGUUGGAGGUGCGGCCCCGGCGUGGGUGUUUGUGGACAACUGCUUCGUCUACGAGGGCACCAAUGCUUAAUUGCGCGUUGGAGUGCUGUAACUCACUCAAUCUAUGUACCUUGUAGAAUUUUGGUAAAUUGGAACUCGGACUGGGACUUUUCAUGCUUCUCUUUGGUUUGAGUGGGCAGCGAGC